AUGCCGGAACAAUGGGGUAUGUCAGAAAAGAUUACCGCUUGCGAUUUGGGUAAUGGACAUUUUCUAUUCAAUUUUGAUAAUGAGGAAGAUCUUAAUUGUGUUCUCAACCAAGGCCCUUUCCAUCACAACUUCUCUAUGUUCGUGUUGGUACGCUGGGAGCCGGUGAUAGACGAACACUAUCCGUCGAUGGUGCUGUUUUGGAUUCACCUCCAAGGGAUCCCACUUCAUCUCUGCACUCAUCAAAAUCUAGAAUCUAUUGGUAAUCAACUUGGGAAAGUGGACACGAUUGAUGCUGCAAAGGGAAAGAUCAAUGUUGAGAUGGAAUCUUCUAAGCCCUUGAAGUUCUCAAGGAAACUUCAAACAAUAAAUAAAGAGGAUAUUACCAUUAAGCUCCACUAUGAAAAGGUUUUUAAGCAUUGUACCACAUGUGGUCUUAUGUCACAUGAGGCUCAAGAUUGCUUGACGAAGUAG